AUGGAGUCUGUGAGAGUGAGAUUAAAUUACGACAAUUGUCUUACAGUGGAGGCGACGAGAAGAAGCGGUGGCCUAGCUCUGCUAUGGAAUGGGGGAUUGGAUGUGGAGGUGGUAGGCUAUUCCAACCACUACAUUGACACAGUGAUAACGCAGAGGGGAUCUCGGUGGAGGUUCACAGGGUUUUACGGCUGCCCUAAGUGGAAUCAGCGAUAUACUUCGUGGAAUACUCUCAGGUAUCUCUCUUCCUUAAACGACCUUCCUUGGGUCCUAAUGGGGGAUUUAAACGACAUUUUGGACGCAAGGGAGAAGCUGGGACGAGUGCCUCACCCUCAAUGGUUGAUUAGGGGAUUUCGAGAAGCUGUGCGUGCGAGUGGGUUGUAUGACUUUCCUUUUGAGGGUUAUCAAUUCACUUGGGACCGUGGGCGAGGAACUAGUAAUUGGGUGAGGGAGAAACUGGAUAGGAUUUUAGUGUCUGGUAACUGGCAAGAUUUGUUCCCAGGGGCGAGAGCUUGGUCGGUGGAAGGAAGCAAUAGUGAUCAUAUGCCUCUGCUAUUAAAAACAAACACCUUGGGGAGGCAAGGGUUUAGGAGGAGACCGAGGUUUGGGAAUUCAUGGGGUAGCAUUCCUGAGUGCAGAGAGGUGGUGGAGUCAGCUUGGGUGUCAUUAGAUGGCUUUCCGAUUGAAGAUAGGCUAGUUGGUUGUGGCAGACGAGUCUGGGAAUGGGGGAAAAAUCAAACUCGUAGGGAGGUGAGGGAGAUAGAGAAUUGUAGGGUGAGGAUGGGGUCUUUGAGAGGGGCAGUAGACUCUGAGGGGAUGAGGGAGUUUGGGGAGUAUCAACGGAAAUAUUUUCAGCUCCAACAUUCUUAUUGUGACCGGCUUAGACAGAGAGCAAAGGAAUGGUGGCUGGUGAUAGACUGUGUGCAGCAUAGAAUUUCGCACGACCAGAAUGCGACCUUGGAGAAGCCGAUAAAUUCAGAUGAGGUGCGGGCAGCAGUAUUCUCUAUGCACCCGGACAAAUCUCCCGGCCCCGAUGGCUUGUCCCCAGCUUUUUUCCAGCUGCACUGGGAUAUUUUGGGCACCGAGGUAGUUUCUUUUUGUCAUAACUUUCUUACAUCUGGUCAGUUACCUGCUUCUGUGAAUGAAACCCAUAUUGUCUUGAUCCCGAAAACAAAACACCCUGAGUUGAUGUCUGAGUUUCGCCCUAUAUCCCUAUGUAAUGUGCUUUACCGCAUUCUUGCUAAAGUCUUGGCUAAUCGUCUUAGGGGGGUGUUAGACUCUAUUAUUUCCAAUGCUCAAAGUGCUUUUAUUCCGGGUCGUUCUAUUGUUGAUAAUGUCCUAAUUGCGUUUGAGUCAACUCAUUCCUUAAAUCGAAAGAGGGGUAGUAAGGGUGGUUUUUGUGCGUUGAAGGUUGAUAUGAGUAAGGCAUAUGAUCGGGUGGAAUGGGGAUUCUUGUGUCAGGUCUUAAAGAAAAUGGGAUUUGGUGAGCGUUGGGUGGGUUGGAUGAGAGAGUGUGUGUCUUCUGUCCAAUAUAACGUUUUGAUUGAGGGGCGGGAGUGGGGUCCAAUAGUUCCUGAGCGGGGUCUAAGGCAAGGGGAUCCUCUAUCACCAUGUCUUUUUAUUAUAGUGGCUGAAAGUCUGAGUGCCAUGCUGAGAGUUCAGGAAGGGGAAGGGGUGUUCCAUGGGAUUUCUGUAGCGCGACAUGCGCCGACUAUUUCUCAUCUGUUUUUCGCUGAUGAUUGUUUGUUUUUCUUUCGGGCAAACAGUUUUGAGGCUAGGAUUUUGAGAGAUGUCUUAGAGGAGUAUGGGGGUGCAAGUGGUCAACAUGUAAAUUAUGCAAAAACGUCAAUUCUAUUUGGAAAUAAUGUGCAUAGGGAGGAUAAGGAGGCUGUUUGUGAGACCUUGGGAAUCCACGAACAGCAGGGUAGGGGGAGAUAUCUAGGGUUGCCGGGGUUUGUAGGGAGAAGGAAGAAAGAAAUUUUGGGGUUCAUUAAGGAUAAGGUUCGGGCUAGAAUCAUGCAUUGGGGAAAUCAUUUUUUGUCCCGGGCUGGGCGAGAGACCCUCCUUAAAACUGUUCUACAAAGCAUACCAAAUUAUGCUAUGAAUGUUUUUUUACUGCCUAAGGGGCUUUGUGAGGAUAUUGAGCGGCUCAUGAACUCUUUUUGGUGGGGAUGUGAAGGGAAGGGGGGAAAAGGUAUUCGGUGGAGUGCGUGGGGGGAGUUAUGUAAACCCAAGCUCUAUGGGGGAAUGGGUUUUAGAAGGGUGAGAGAGAUGAACCUAGCCAUGUUGGGGAAGCAAGGAUGGAAAUUUUUAAAUAAUCCGAAUGCGUUAGUAACCCGGGUGUUUAAGGCUCGAUAUUUCCUAAAAUGUUCUUUCCUUGAAGCUGGGGUGGGCUCAAAUCCGUCCUUUGUGUGGUCUAGCGUUAGGGAAACUCAAGGGUUACUGCGUGGAGGGGUGCGGUGGAGGAUAGGGGAUGGUGGCACGGUGAAGGUAUGGGGUGAUCCUUGGCUCCCUGAUGUUCACAAUCCUUAUGUUAUGACUACGGAACAGAGUUAUUUAAAUGAUCCUUUGGUUAAAUCUCUCUUCUGUGUGGGUGAAAUGAAAUGGGAUAGUGAACUGAUUAAUGAUAUAUUUGAUCAACGAGAUGCCAAACUGAUUUUGAACCUGCCUCUACCUGCUGAAUCAGAGUAUGACUUGCUGUAUUGGGGAGGGGAAAUAAAUGGACUAUAUUCAGUUAAAAGUGCCUAUAAGCUGGCUUUUGGUAAUUUGAGUCAAGAACAAAAAUUGCCUUGGGCUGCUGUCUGGAAUCUUAAUCUUCCUCCGAAGAUAAAAUGUUUUUUUUGGGCCAUGUGUGCGAUGAAGUUGCCAACUAAAGACGCAUUGAUUGUUAAACAGGUGGCUUGUGAUCCGACGUGUCAAUUAUGUGGCGAUGAACCCGAGACGGCGAUCCAUCUAGUUGCCAAUUGUAGCUUUACCCAUGCUUGCUGGAAUGAGAUUGCAACAGGAUGGAAUAUGGGAUGGGCAGGUUCGGUGGGGUUAUGGGUUCAGGAACUAUGGAAUGAGUUGCCUACUGCUAUGGUAGAAAAGGUAGUUACAAUUGCUUGGGCUAUAUGGGAGAACCGAAACUCUAUGGUCUGGAAAUCUCAAUGCAAGGACCCGAGAACAAUGGUACGUAUGGCGUUGAGCUAUGUGCGAGAUUGGCAAACUGCUCAGAGUCAAAAUACAACAAGGACACAAAAUAUGGCUAUUCAAGCGCACCAUACUGCAUGGUCCCCCCCUCCUCCACAUUAUUUGAAAAUAAAUAUUGAUGUGGCCAUGGACUUUGAGCAUUGCCGAAUGGGAUAUGGGUGGAUUCUUAGGGAUGCAGCGGGCGUGGUGAAGGGGGCUGCGACCUCUACGAUUCAAGGGAUUUAUUCUGUUCGAGAGGCCGAAGCCAUAGGGGCUCGUGAAGCUUUGAGUUGGAUCAAGAACAAAGGAUGGUCCCAAGUUGUGCUUGAAACUGAUGCGCAGGUGGUGACAAAUGCUGUGGUAGCAGAUCAGAACUUCACCCCGUUUGGAAUGAUCAUUGCUGAGGUUCGUGCGCUUUUGGAGCAUCUGCCUUUGGUUCGGUUUGUUUUUACAAAGCGGAAUGCAAAUGUCUCAGCUCAUCUGUUAGCCAAGUAUGCAUUGUGUAAUUCUGGGGAGGGGGUGAUUGAAUAUUUUGAUUUUAUUCCCUAUUUUCUUUCAUCAUCUGUUUUAGCAGACAUGUCUGGUUUGAGAAAUUAA